AAGGAUAAGGGGAAGACGGAGGAUGCUGUGACCAUAGAGGACCUGAAUCUCCCCAAGUCCAUCAUCACAAGACUGGCAAAAGGCAUCCUGCCCCCCAACACGCAGAUCCAAGGCAACGCCAUUCUGGCCCUGAGCAAGAGCGCCACCGUCUUCAUCAGCUAUCUAGCUUCACACGCCAAUGAAAACACUGUUGCUGCUGGCAAAAAGACGAUUUUGCCCGCGGACGUCUUCAAGGCAUUAGAUGACACUGAGUUUUCAUUCUUGAAAGGGCCCCUCGAGGCUGAAUUUGCCAAAUUCAACGCCAUCCAGACCGAAAAACGCACCUCGUACCGCCAAAAAGUCCGCGCCUCCAAGCACGGCGGCCCCGGCGGCGGCGACGACACCGACAUGGCCGACACGACCAUGGCCUCGGAAGAUGCAUCCGCCUCCUCCUCCCACGGCGGCGGCCCGCGCGCCAAAAAGGCCCGCGUCGACCAUGAAGACGAAGACGACGAGGAGAUAGACGCCAUUGUCAAUGACGAUGACGACGUAGUAGAUGACGACGACGACGACGAGGAAGAGGAAGAGGAAGAGGAGGGUGAUGAAGAAGAAGAGACACAGGAGGACGAGGAGGACGAGGCCGGAGACGGCGGCGAGGGCAGUAGUGAUGAGACGCAGGAUGCGCUGGAGGAGAGGAGGAGUAGGGAGGAGCCUGAUGAGGCGCUGGAGGGGGAUGAGAGUGAUUAA